CGUUGCACAGUUUGCCAUGACACUUUAAAAGAACAUAAAGCAAAAGAAAGUGAGAAACAUUUGAGAGAUUUUUACAAAUUCAUUUGUAUGUGUCUACCUAUGCCAAGUAAUUAGUAUAUGUUUUCAUAAACACUUGUUUUAAGAUAACUUACUGUAAUAAAAAGGGUUCUAUAUAUCAGAUACAGACACUCACCAUCACCAGUCACACUACCCACCGUCAUUCUUUUUUGUUUCUUAUCUUGUUGUUGGUCUGGAAAUCUCUCCACUCUCUCUUUUUGCUUCCAAGUUUUGCUGCUAACAGUAUAUCUUUGAAAGUCAGUUGAUAUUACAAUUAUUCCCUUCCCAAACCUUGCAUCAUCAAUCAUGGUUCCUUUCAUUUAUGUUGUUCUUUUCUUAGCCAUGUCUGGCCAUUCAAGUGCCAACUAUUGCUUAUGUAAAGAUGGAGUGAAUGAGCAAACACUUCAGAAAACCCUGGAUUAUGCUUGUGGAGCAGGAGCUGAUUGUACUCCAAUUAAUCAAAAUGGUCCUUGUUAUAAUCCCAACACUGUGAAAGAUCACUGCAAUUAUGCAGUCAAUAGCUAUUUCCAAAAGAAAGGUCAAGCUCAAGGAAGCUGUGAUUUUUCAGGCACUGCUACUGUUAGCGUUAAUCCUCCUUCAAAUAUUCCCUCUACUUGCAGUUUUCCUUCCAGUGGCACAAGCACAACACCAUCCACAGGGACUCCGACAACUCCGAGUACAGGGACUCCGACAACUCCGACUACAGGGACUCCAACAACACCUACCACGGGGACUCCUACCACAACACCAACCACAGGGACUCCUACCACACCAACAACGGGGACACCGACAACAGGGACAAGCACGGGGAUUCCUUCCACGACACCCACCACGGGGACAACCACCGGCACAACCACCGGGUCUCCAACGGUGUUUGGUGGUGGCACCACCUCACUUGGUCCGUCGGGAACAACCACCGGCAUCAAUGAUCCAAGUCAUGCUGUGCCUCUCUUCACGAGCACCAGCAACAACAUUCUCUUCAGCCUUGCUGUCACACUUUGGAUUCUGGCAUACUAUUGGGCUUGAAAAGGUUUUAACAUUCAUGCACUUCGACAUUCAUGCAUGCAUGUAUGUAUGUAUUUAUGUAUGUAGUGAUCAUUUUAGUAGUAGAGGUAAAAAAGAUGCGUUUUUGGGCAUGACCAGUAAUAUUAAUAUUUAAUUAAGCUAUGGAUGUAGUGAUCAUUUUAGCUUUUUUUUCUUCCCUUUUUGUUUGAUCUUUCUUUACCUGCCUUUAUGAAAAAGAGUUUUGGAA